AAAAACAGGCCUUAGGUUUCCAGCCUCCCAGGAAAAUUAGCGGCUAACAGGCGCCAGUGCGAUAGACAUAGGGCCACCGCUCACUGCCUCUGCUCGUCGAUUCCUUUCCUUCUCUCAGUAUCAGCUUGGAAUGGAGCUCUGCGGCCCUCUCCGUGGUCUCCCGACGCUUCCCAGCCGCCGCCCCUCCGCCCCCAGUUUCUCUCUUCUCCUCCUUCCCCCUCGCCCGACGUCGGCUCUCUCUUUGAGGAGAUCCCUCGCCUUCCGCUUGACGCGAGGGUGGAAGGCCACGGCUUCGGAGGAGACCUCGACGAGUGUUGUAUCCAAGGAGUUUGGGGCGGAGUCGGACGAGGAGGCGCCGAAGAAGGUGGAAGCGGCUUCUUUUGAAGCGGGUUCUCCGGAGGAAGAAGCUCUUUCCUCUGGAGGCGAGCAGAACGAGGUUACGGAUUUUUUAAGCAAGCUCAAUCUUAAGUUGGACUCUGAAGACACAUACACCAUCUUUAUUUAUGGAGCUGGUGCUGUGGUUGCUCUAUGGAUAUCAUCUGCCAUUGUUUCUGCAAUCGAUUCCCUUCCUUUGUUUCCAAAGGUGAUGGAGAUUGUUGGUCUUGCCUUCACGAUCUGGUUCAGCUCUCGAUAUUUGAUCUUUAAGAAGACCAGGGAUGAGUUGUUUGCAAAAGUUGAUGAUCUUAAGGAGCAGGUUUUAGGGCCUAGUGAUGAUUGAUGCAUUAAAGACCAAGUACAGGCCUUUUUUUCUUUUUUGCAUAUUUGUAUAUUGUUGCAUCCAAGAUUAACUUGGUUCACUCGAGUUCAGUCAAAUGAAUUUAGUGAGAUGUUGAUGGUGAUUGUACCUUCCCAUCUUGGAUAGUGGAUUAUGCUUCUCAGACUAUUAAUCAUGCUUUUCUUAUGGCUUACAUCA